AAAAGGUCGCGGCGAGGGGGCAUCACGGUUCACGUGAAGCAACAUGCCAGGUAACGACGCUGACGGUGCAGCGACCGCGCCACGUGUCCUGGACGAGAACUUCUUCUACCCGCUCGAGGAAUUAUGCCGACCUCAACUCGAGGGGGAGCUGUCGCGCGACUUGGUGGCGUUUUCCGCCAUGCGGGGCUUUGAAGCGAAGAAGCGCAACAAUUUGCAUUACCUGGACGACAGCACCAUCCUCACGUCGGCGGGAAACACUGCUCAGCUCAUAGACGUGCCCACAAUGAAAACCAAGUACGUGUUCGGACUGUGUGGUGGUGGCGUCGGAGCGAUUGCAGUGCAUCCGUCCAAGGGCUUUUUUGCUGUUGGCGACAAAGGCAGCAAACCAACCAUUGCCAUCUACGUCUACCCGUCGUUGAAGGUGUUUCGCGUGCUGCGUCAUGGCACCGAGCGCGCCUACUGCAGUCUGCGCUUCAGCAACGAUGGCUCGAAACUCGCAUCCGUCGGAGCGUCACCGGAUUUCUUGUUGACCGUCUGGAAUUGGCGCGAUGAACAGACGAUCUUGCGAUGCAAAGCGUUUGGCCAAGAAGUUUUCAACGUGCAAUUCGCUCCAAACGACGGAGGGUUCUUGACCACGAGCGGGACGGGGCACAUUCGAUUUUGGAAAAUGGCGUCGACGUUCACGGGAUUGAAAUUACAAGGCGACAUUGCCAAGUUUGGCAAGUCCGAGCUGAGCGACAUCGAAGCGUUUUGCGUUCUCCCGGACAAGAAGGUGCUAAGCUCCACCGAACGCGGCGCGCUGUUGCUUUGGGACGGCAACUUUAUCAAGUGCGAAAUCGUCACGUACAAUCGGCAACGCGCGCACAAGGGACCGAUUCACGUCGUGCAGUACGAGCCCGAGUGGAAUCAAAUUCUCACCGCAGGCAGCGAUGGCAUGAUGAAGUGGUGGCAUUUCCCCGAAAUCGACCAAGCGGAUGUCAAGGAAGACGACUCGGUCGCAGAAGUGAUCCCCAAGGACGAGUUUUGCGUCACGGUCAAGAGUCCCCACCAUGCGACGACAGUCGCAGACAUUCGCGGGGUUAUCCGCGGACACGACCAUUACUUGAUUCAAGAUGGAAACGGCAUGCUGCUUCGCUUGGACCUCGAUACGAAACAAGUGACGCACUUGUUGGAAGGCCAUGCCGGUGCGAUCACGGGCUUGGCCACAUCGCCCAUCGAGCACAUUGCUGCUACAUGCGGCAGUGACGGCACCGUGCGCUGCUGGAAUUACCUGGCGUCGGCGUGCAUGUUCACCCAGCGGUUCAAUGCACCGGCCACUGCGUUGACGUUUGCGCCAACGUCGCACGACCCGACCGGACGCACGGUCGCCGUGGCAUUCCAUGACGGUGUCGUUCGCGUUUUGGACUGCGGCCACUCGUCCUGGCAACGGCUCCACGUGAUCAAGCCGCACAGUCAACCGAUUGCGUGCAUGGCGUACUCUCCGAAUGGCAAAUACUUUGUCACGGCGAGCCAAGACCACACGCUCUUCAUCUUUGCGUCGAGCGCGUCCAAGUACGAGCCGGUCGGGUUCAAAACGUUUGCCGACAACGAAUGCGUGCGCCACCUGUCGUGGCGUUGGGACUCGACCGCGCUCUUGGUGACGUGCGCAAACGGCGUGAUCGGGGAGAUCGACAUGCCAACCGUCAGUGACACCGAGCGCGCCACGUACGAAUUGGAGUUGCCGACCAAGACAUUCGUGUUUCGCCGCGUGCGCAAGUUGAACACGGAGGAACUCGUCGCGUUGGCGUCAGAUUCGUCGGUGGAUGCAGUCAAGCCGACAAGUUACAACCCCACGCCAGUGUCGACCGCGAUCUCGUUUGGCGAAGUCGAAGUGGGCCUGGGAUUGAGUCCACCAGUGCUCGCGGCCAUGUACUGCUGCUCGUCUGUCAACUGUUUCCUCGUCAGCGUGGGUGGCAUCCAUGCAGGGGCACUCUACAAAUGCGACUGGAGCUCGCCGUUUCCGCUCGGUGCCUAUCCCGACGACGCGCUCGGCGCUGCUCAAACGUUGACGUUGUCGCACUCGAAAAAGUACGUGCUUGCUGGCAACGUGAACGGCAAAGUGCACCUCCGAUCGCGGGCUCUGCCGUAUGGAGCGCUCACAUGGGAGCUUCACGACCAAGGCACAAAUGGCACGGCGUGCGUCGCCAUGUCGUUCGAUGACAAUGUCGUGCUGUCGGGCGGGUCUGACGGACAACUUUCGAUUGUUCGCGUCCAUCCGGCCAAGCUCGAUCUUGCGGCGGAACGAUUGAGCCAACAGUUCGACUUUGUCCUGAGCGAGGCGAAGCGGACGUACCAAGUUGCGCAUGACCGCAUGGCAGCCCAGAACGACGUGCGCGCGGCAGAUGAGCCUGUCGCGAGCGUUUACAUGACGAAUCCCGUGUAUGUCGGUGCCAAAGCCUACGUAGCUUUCAUGGAAUCGUAUCGUAUCGUCGACCCGGAGACCCACCACGGCGUUGUCAGACUCUUGGAGGCGUGCGAACCAACGGCAUUUCCCCGCAUCACGGCGGUGUCGGUCGAUCCGAACGCGCCGGACGACCGGCCACGUGUCAAAGAGGCCGCAGAUAUCACGCAUAAAGAAGCGUAUACAAUCCAAGAUGCCAAGCUCAAGCUUGAAGCCGACAUCCGGGCCAACAGCGCCUUGGCCAAGAAAGCCAGAACGCGAGGCAUCAUCGCUGAGAUGCGCGAACAGUUUGCCAAACUGCAAGAGCUGGACGCGCGCAAUGAACCGCUAGCGCGUUUGGAUGAUCGGCAGUGGAAUAUUGACCCUGAAUACUUGACGAUGCUCAUGGCGAAUGGCGACAAACAGUGCGACGAAGUCCGCAAGGAAAUGGCGUAUGCGUACGAGCAAAGCGAGCUGCUGCUCCAGAAGAUGCGCAACAAAUACGUGGGCAACUUGGCCGUCGAGCUCAUCACGUUGCAUGGGUUUCAAAAUGGGCUCCAUGUCCAGUCGUUUCGGACGACUCGCAUGGGCGACGAAUUGCAGGAACGUCUGCGCGUGAUCCACCUCGAGCUCCAGGAGCAAGCAAAGAACGCCAAACUCACGACGGAAAAGCAGACCGUGCUCGACUUUAUUCACAAACCCAAGGCCGAAGUUGCCGACGACGAUCCCAUCGGGUUGUCGGAAGAACCGUCGAAGCUGCGCCGGCAGUCCAUGGUGCGCGGCGACGUCCACGGGACGGCCGACGAUGCAAAAGCAUCGUCGCAUCGAUUCGACUAUCGAAAAAAGAUGCGAGCAGAGCGCAAGGCGAGAACGCUGGCUUGGGAGCACAAAAAGCCCAAGGAAGAAGCCGACGACCCGCGCGACGUGGCGGCGAUUGCAUUUGCGAGCACCCACAUGGAAGACUACAAACUCAAAACGAGUGCGAAUUACGUUGUUCCAGAAGAUCAACGCGUCAACGCGAUGAAAAAACGAAAGCAAAUGGCUCUGCUCGAGGAAAAAAUGUACGAGGUGGCGAUGGCAUUCAACGCCAAGCUGCUUGAGCUGCGCGACUUGAAGCUUCGUUUGAUGGAGCAAAUCCAGGACGACAACACAGCGAUCAAGGCUCUGGACGCUGAAUCUGCCGCCUUGAGCACGGCCACCUCGUCUGACAACGUCCCCCACAUGCCUCCACCGCUGCCCUUGUUUGAGCCACACAUGGACCUCCGUGAAUGGCCCGAGCAGCGCGAGUGUGUCUUGGAUGCCCACAUCGACGAGUACGAAAAGAAGGGGACAGUCACCGCUGCGCUGGCGCUACCGGCCGAAUUCAGUCUUGGAGACAAGGCCCGGUCGACAAAAGCGUCGUCUCCACACGUCAGCGUGCACCCUGUUCUUGCUCUCCCUCCAGCGCCACCGCAGUACGAGCGGUCCCCACUGGAAGACGAGGAAACCCGCAUCAAGUGCAUGGAACUCCAGCGCCAACGCCGCGCGCUGAGUGCCAAGAUUGUGCACGCCGUGCAAACGUUUGACGACGCCAUCUAUCGCUUGCGCCGGGAGAAGCUCAAGCUCGACAUUGCGCUGAAAAAGGGCGAAAUCAAGCUGAUGACCCGGCUCGGCGAGCUCGUGCUGCUCGAGCAAUUUGAAAGCAAAGAAAACCUACUCGUGUCGAAACUGGAAAAGUGCAAAACGGACAAGGCCCAAGUCGUGCGCGAGUUGACCGACUGCAGCGACCAGUUGGCGUCCAAGCGAAAAGACAUGGAGGAGUGGCAGCGCAACGAAAGCACGGUCCAGGGCGAGUUUGUCUCGCUCGUCGGGCUCUCGCAUCCGUGUUUUGGCGUGCUUCAAAAGAUUUUCAAGAAGCGCUUGAAGCGGCAGAAGAAGCGGUCGAGCGAGGACGAUGCUGACGACGAAGAUGACGAAUCGGACGACGAGUACAACAGCAACGACGACGACGAUGACGAUGACAACGAUUCGAACGAAGAAGAGAUGUGCCCGACCGGAUGCGACAUGGCGCUGUACGAGAAGGUGCUGGCACUGCGGGAAAAGAAAGCGGACACCGACGACGCGAUGAGCGACAUCUCCAAGGCGAUCGAGGACUUGAAGCGGUCCAACGAUCGGCAAAUCCAGAAACAACGUCAAAUCGACAAGGAGCUGACGGCCACGGAGCAAGACAUUCAAGCGUUUCAAACGGAAAAGCAAAUGCGAUUCAAUGAAUUGGACGUGAUUGUCGCGCUGAGCAAACACCAGCUGCGUUGUUUGCAGCCCAAGGACGCCGCGACCGCGGAAGCUGCUGGGACCGACCCAAACGCGCUAUACCUUCCCGAAACAGUAGACAACGCGCUCGUGUUCAACCACAGCGUUGUGGACCGCCUUGCUCACCGCAUUGUGACCCUCCAAGACGAAAACAAGUCGCUCCGUCAAGUGUUUAGGGACCUGCACAAGCAGCAAAGCCAAUUGCUGCGUGACAAAACGCGCCAACACGAACUCAUCGACGAAGUCAACGAAAAAUGCAACCAACUGCAAUUGCUCAAGUUUGGCCGCCUCAUCGACAUCGAGUUGUUGGACAAAGCGUGCGACACGGGCAACUUGAACGAGCUCAAGUCCAAGGUCCGCAGCAAGGAGCUGCAUGGCGAAAAACAAAUGACCGACGCCAAGGGCGAACAGCAACGGCUCAAGAUGGAGAUUCUGAAAGCCACCGAAGAAAACACGCGCUUGCUCACGGAGAUUGCCAUGUUGAGCGAGCGCCAGUUUGGCCUCGAAAAAGAACUCAACCAGGCCGACGUGAACAACACGCUCGUCGACGACGGCGCCCAGUUGGAGAAGGAAAUGCAUGAGCGCAAGAAAUUGGUUGAGCUCGUCAAGCUCCAGUCGCGGGAAAUCGACGCGCUCAAGCAAGAAGUCCUCAUGCUGCGCGGGAAAAAAGGACGCGUGCAUGGCACAACGCACCAUUAGUUAUACGUACUUCUUUCGAGGAGUUGGCGCGCCGUGGUGCACUGAAUAUGCUCUUGGCAUGCAUGGAUUCACCUGCACGUGGUCGCCAGGGAGCCGACUGCCUGCCGCCAACGUGCUAGGAGCAGAUAAUAAUCCCAUACGACCACUGCAAUCUUCCA